UCCAUCCUUCGCUGGCGGGGAUGCUUCAUCCGGCUUCCCAUCAACCAACUAAUCCCCCUCAACCCUCUCCUUCAGCUUCGUCCCAUACAUAAAAUCUCCCCCUCAAUGCCCUUCUCCUCCUUCCCCGCUCCCUUUCGCUGUCUUUCCUUCUCCUCUCUGCGGCUGCGUGGUGUGUCAUUCUCCCGUCUGCCAGUUGUUCCUUUCUCCCCUCAUCGUCAUCACUUCCAUAGCUCGUCCAUCACAAUGAGCGAUCUGUCCGUGCAGCUGACAGCCCCGAAUGGGCACACAUACGCCCAGCCGGUUGGUUUGUUCAUCAACAAUGAAUUUGUCGCUUCCAAGUCCGGCGAGAAGUUCGCCACCAUUAACCCUUCAAAUGAAGCAGAAAUCACCUCGGUCUAUGCUGCGGGUGAAGAAGACGUGGAUAUUGCUGUGAAGGCUGCCCGGAAAGCCCUCAACCACCCGUCAUGGAAGUUGUUGCCUCCGACUGAACGGGGCACCCUGAUGUUGAAGCUGGCCGACUUGGUCGAGCAGCACAAGGAGACGCUUGCCGCCAUUGAAACGUGGGACAAUGGCAAGCCAUACUCCGUUUCGUUGAACGAUGACCUGGGAGAGGUUGUUGGCUGCCUCCGGUACUAUGCUGGAUACGCCGACAAGGUCCAUGGUCAGACUAUUAGCACCACCCCGGCCAAGUUUGCCUAUACUCUUCGUCAGCCAAUUGGUGUCGUGGGUCAGAUUAUCCCCUGGAACUUCCCUCUCGCGAUGGCUGCCUGGAAGUUGGGUCCUGCCUUGGCCUGCGGAAACACCGUGGUUCUGAAACCGGCUGAGCAGACUCCGCUCAGUGUUCUCUAUCUUGCCAACCUCAUCAAGGAGGCCGGUUUCCCGCCAGGUGUUGUCAACAUCCUGAACGGCCUUGGACGCGUAGCUGGAAGUGCGCUCGUGACCCACCCCGGGGUGGACAAGGUUGCCUUCACAGGUUCGACGUUGACUGGCCGCGAAGUUAUGAAGUUGGCUGCAGGCACCCUGAAGAACAUUACGCUAGAGACAGGUGGCAAAUCUCCCCUGGUCGUCUUCAGUGAUGCCGAUAUCGACCAGGCUGCCAAGUGGGCGCAUGCGGGUAUCAUGUACAACCAAGGACAGGUUUGCACCGCCACCUCUCGUAUCCUGGUGCACGAGUCCGUCUAUGACAAGUUCGUGGCGCUCUUCAAGGAAGCCGUGGCCAACACCAGCAAGGUGGGCGAUCCCUUUGCCGACGACACCUUCCAGGGUCCCCAGGUCACCAAGGCCCAAUACGACCGCGUGCUCUCCUAUAUCGAAGCUGGAAAGUCCGAAGGAGCGACCCUGGUGGCCGGUGGCGAGCCGUUCAAGAACGUCGGCGACGGCAAGGGUUUCUUUAUCGCGCCCACCAUCUUCACCAACGUCAAGGAUAACAUGCGGAUCUACCGGGAGGAGGUUUUCGGACCAUUUGUCGUGAUUUCCAGCUUCUCAGAGGAGGAUGAGGCUGUGAGACGGGCUAACGAUACGACCUAUGGACUGGGCGCUGCCCUGUUCACCAAGGACAUUGAGCGUGCACACCGGGUUGCGUCGGAGAUCGAAGCGGGCAUGGUCUGGAUCAACAGCAGCAACGACAGCGAUAUCCGGGUGCCUUUCGGUGGUGUGAAGCAGAGCGGAAUUGGGCGCGAACUUGGCGAGGCCGGUCUGGAGGCCUACUCACAGAUCAAAGCGGUCCAUGUCAACUUGGGAACGAAGCUGUAGGCGAGCGCAAGUGAUGGCGAAUGAAUUGCAACCGUGAUCUGUGGGACGAGCCUGGUAGGACGAACACAUACACAUGCAUCCGAUGGACCAUUGUGUUGAUGGCGCUGCAUGAAGGAAAAGAGAGAUGCUAUGUGGCUCUGCGACAUUGGCUGCACGUCGUGUACCCGAUGACUGACAUAAAGUUGGUGUGUUGUUGCCAACUUGACUAUACCCUGAACUGACAAAAAAAAUAAAAAUUGUACCAUAAUUCGACCAUGUCAACUGGCAGGCAGGCUACGUGAAUUUGAGCCUGAGUGAUCUUUCA